AUCAUCUGAGUGUGAGGAUAGAGAGGGCAUCCAAGAAACAGCGAAGUAGCAGUACAAGCAUACUUGCAGCUAAGCUAAGACACAUCAUGGCGAUCACAACUGCUAGUGCCAGUCCGGGUCCGGCCAUGCAAGAAGCGGCAAAGACGCCAAGCACCUCGCCGCCCCGCGCCACGGCCGCCUCGCCGGCUCGCUACCGGCCUUCGCCGCUGGUCAUAUUCAGCGCCUGCCUCGUCCUCAUCGGCUCCAGCGGGCCGCUCCUGCUGCGGGUCUACUUCGUCCACGGCGGCCAACGCCUCUGGCUCUCCGCGCUGGUCCAGAUCUCCGGCUGGCCGCUCCUCCUCCCGCCCCUCUGCGUCUCCAUCUUCCGCGGCCGCCGCCACGGCAUCGUCAACCUCCUCCUCCCGCCUCGCCUCGUUGGCGCGGCCGUCGUGCUAGGCAGUUUGUACGCCGUGUCGUGCUUCGUGUACGCGAUGGGGUCGCAGGCGCUGCCGCUGUCCACCUCGUCCUUGCUGCUGGCGACACAGCUCGCCUUCACCGCCGUGUUCGCGUUCCUCUUCGUCGGGCUCCGCUUCACGCCCUUCUCUGCCAACGCCGUCUUGCUGCUCACCAUCGGUCCGGCGGUUCUCGGCGUCGGUCCCGGGUCCGGGAAGCCGGCGGGGGAGCCAUCCAAGACGUACUGGACCGGGUUCUGCGAGGCCAUCGCGGCGGCCGCGCUCGCCGGACUCGUGCUGCCGCUCGUUGAGGUCGCCAUGGAGCGGUUUGGGCGGCGGAGGGGACCAGCCGCGAGCGCGCCGCCACCCUACUCCACGGUGAUGCAGAUGCAGGCCAUGAUGGGCCUCGCCGGCACGAUGGUGUGCCUCCUCGGCAUGGCCAUCAAGGGCGACUUCAAGGCGCUGCCGAUCGAGGCGGCGGCAUUCGGGCUCGGCGAGACCAAGUACUACCUAGUGCUCAUGUGGGGCGCCGUGGCGUGGCAGCUGCUCAACCUGGGCGUCGUGGGGCUCGUCACUUGCGCCUCUUCGCUCCUCGCCGGCAUCAUGGUCGCCGUCCUCCUGCCGCUCUCCGAGGUCCUCGCCGUCAUCUUCCUCCACGAGAAGUUCGAUGGGCCAAAGGGCAUCGCGCUCGUGCUCUGUCUCUGGGGCUUUGCCUCCUACAUGUACGGCGAGAGGGUCCAGCAGAAGAAGGCGGCGGCGCAGAAGAACCAGCUGCUGCAGCAGCAGAUGGCGAGGAAAACCGGAGACCUCGAGCUGGCUAACCCUUGAAGACCGGCAAUUUCUCCAUGCCUGUAGUGUAGUAAUUAUUUUUCUAAUUUCAAAAGUACAUGAACAAGAGUAGAGUAACAUGCAUUUCGUAAGACAUUGUUUCGUUCUAGGUAACACAGUGAAAUCAAGUGCUACCAUUGAGUUAAUAAAAAACAUACUAUUCAGAAAUGUUCACUUC